UUCUUUCCCUCUCCAAUUACUUCAGCUUUCGUCUCUUUCCGGAAUCUUUGAGCGGCUUCCUCUGCCAUUCUCCAUCGUCCAUCUCAGACUCACUGCCCGGAUUCCGAGGAGCACGGAAAAUUGCUCCUGUCGCGGUUCCGCUUUUCAGUCUUGGCGCACUGAACCGUAAUCCAGGCGCCGCACGAGCUGUGCGAAACCAACACUUAGGAGCUACAAGGGGAAAGAGUUCCAUAACAGGAAAAGACCCGAGAGAGGAAGAGGAAGAGUGACCAGAGUCCGGAAAAAGCAAAGAUGAUCAUUCCAGUUCGUUGCUUUACCUGCGGCAAGGUAAUUGGUAACAAGUGGGAUACUUAUCUUGACCUUCUCCAGGCUGACUACAGCGAAGGAGAUGCGCUUGAUGCACUGGGAUUGGUCCGCUAUUGCUGUAGGCGAAUGCUCAUGACUCAUGUGGAUCUCAUUGAGAAGCUUCUGAACUACAACACCUUGGAGAAGUCGGAUAAUGCUUAAGGAAGCCUGUGGAAUUAUCUGGGGUUAGUUCUCAUGGCAUACUUUAUUCCAGUCAUGCUGGUGUGGAUCCUUGUCUAUGAUUACUAAGUUUUGUUUGGCCGAGAUCAUUUUAGUUUGCAACUUAGAAUUUGAAUUGCAAAAAAGACCAGAAAUUAAUGUUGAACUCUGUAGUUUUUAUUAGUGUUGGAGCAUAGGAAAUAAUAUAACUAGCCAAAUUUUAAGAUGUUGCAUA